CUGUGUAAUUCCAGUGGACCCUAGGCAGUUAUACAUUGUCCCUUUUAUCAGCGGUUUGCCACUGAUAUUGAGGAUGCUGGGGACUGGCACUGGUCAAUAUCCUGCCCAGAGUCUCUCCGGCUGCGCGUUGGGAAUCAUGGCGGACAAGGUGAAGAGCAUAGAUGAGGUCGUUUCCACGGCAAAUAGUCUAAGAGCGACUGUGAGCAAAGUUUUCCAAGAUCUUGCAACUAAUCCCAGUGUAAACAAGGAAACAGGGGAUUCUUCCGAGACUUCUAAGGGAGGAAAUAUAACUCAAAUACUGAAGAAAAAUCUUACAAGUGUACACAAAGUCUUGAGCGAGCUAGAUAAAGCAAAUGAGGGACUCUCUUCAUUGGAUGGUCGAUCUCCUUCCUUGGGAAAUACAGGACUCUUAAGCUUGGAUCCAGUUGAAGACAAAACCCCUCUCUAUGACAAACUUCUAGAGACUUACGACUGGCAUGAAAAGCUGACUUCAGAGGCUCAACACGCUUUAUCGUGUUUAAAAAGACAUCAUCCCCCAGCUGCACAAAGCUUGGAUCGCUCACCCUCAUCAGCAAAGAGGGCAAAGACAAAUUUGAAAGGGGAAAUACAGAAGGCCUUGCAGGACUGCAAGGCUUUGUAUCCUCGCUUAGAGUUGUCAAUAGCUAGUGCAUGUGGUGCCCAUGUUCUGAAGGUGCUUGUACCAAAGACACUCAAAGCUACAAUAGUACUGCGCAUGACAGAAAUCGACCAGGUGAUCAUCAGAGGAAUACAGGAGAGCUCUCUUCUGGAAAAAGAGGAAUCACAGUCUCCGUCACGCCACGCUGUAUUUAGAAAGAUAACAGAUUAUGCCACGUCUGUAGUAUUACAUUACUACUCUGCUACCGAUCCCACAGCUCAAGUGCGAGGCUUCUUGAGGUGGUUGAACAGUUUUCAAGCUCUUUUCUCCAUUAAGUGUGUGGGCUGUGGCCAUCACUUAAGGGAGGAGGCAGACAAUGUGUUACUACCCCCUUGCUGGCGAACUUACGAAGAUCUAUCACCCUACCACUACCAAUGCAGGCCUUAGUUACUUGCAUACAGCUUUGUUACGGCGGACUGAUUGUGGCAGGCUGUUGAACAUAAAGAAAAAAAGAGUAAAGAGAGAAACUUGUUAAAACUCGAAAAACCUUUUCGCAAAGGCAGCGCAAGUUUUGGACGAGGUUAUGUCAAGCUCAAAUUUGGGACAAGGUUGACGUACAAGUGGUUGGAUAAUUUUAAUGGCUUGGGUUCCCUGUUUAUGUACAUGACCGGGGUUUCAUUAAGGCCUGGUGACGUGUGAAGGUGGAGUUUUUUCCUUCGCCAGGUGUCUGUAGUAACCUUGGUAAUAUUAGGCUUAGGACUUUCUCUUGAUUGGGGGAUUGUUAUUCGGAACUCUCCGGCACCACUUCCGACUGUUUAAAAUGAAUGCCGAAGGUCAACGUUGCCAGAGACUCGAUGUACUUAGAACUGUUGUCCAUGCUAACAUCAAAUACUGCAAAACAAUACUGCAAAAGAAAAUUAAAACUGUGAAGACUUCCAGCUAUUGGGAGGCUGAUAACAGUUAGCUGUUAACAUUAUUAACGUGGCGACAUGGAGGUGAACACGCCACGGCGUGUUUUAACUCUAGUGGUCAUAACUGGUGUAAGGAUUUGAACGCGGGACUACCAAACCUCAAAUCCGUCAAAACAAACACCGGUCAAUCUGCAUCCACAAAUCAAGUGAUCCCUGUAAAUGUACACGAGCCUUCCAAAAACAACAUCGUAUUAAAAAUAUUGCCAUGUUCACCCAUAUCUCUUGACUUUUCAGUAAACUGGCAUUGAAACUGGCAUUGGGUUUAUUUUACUAUAAUGUCAUGCGAGAAAACAACGCGCUUCACAUUUGGAACGAAAUGUGUAUUAUGUAGUUGUGAUAGCUGCAAAGCUGAAACCUAUAACUAAUCUACUUAACUCUCAACCUCGUAGCCGUUGGAGUGACUUUCAUAAGUAGAUAAAU